UUCAGAUGUCAAGAGCGAAACCAUGGCGUCAAAGACCAACAGCUGAAUUUAUGCACAAACUAGAUCUUGCCAAGAGAGUCAGACUAUAUUUGGUGAAUAUGGCUGGGCCUACGAAAUGUAUCCUACAGGAUGAUAAUAGAAAAUAAGUUUAAAGUUAUGAUAGGCAAUACUAUUGAAUGCAGCUGCGGAGGAGGAAGAAUCGAACACUGAAUCCAUACAAUCUUCACCCUCUUAAGGAUAUUCAGAAUUCAGGAGGGAGAUCCUCUUUUAUAUCAACUUUCCUUCAUAGAUGAUGAAAUCAAAAAUGCAGUUCCGGAUGACCCGUAUCGGUUCCACUAUAAUCCUUCCCCACAACCAGUCAUGCCUUCUCAGAGAAGAGUAGUUAACAGAAGGGCUGAAGCUAGGGAAGCCCAACAGCUUAUCAACAGGAUCCUUGAGGAAGGAAAAGAAAUGGCUGAAAAUAUUAGAAUGAAACAACUCGAAGUAGAACGAAUGAAACUCCAAGAGGAUGAGCAAUGCUGCAUCUGCUUUGAACCAAUGUCUGGCGAACAAAAUCUCACAUUCUGUAAAUAUGGCUGCGGAAAGAACUUCCAUAUGAAGUGAGCUGAUCAUUACGCAUCCCAUAAAAUCUCAAAUAAAACUGAAUGAACUUGUCCACUCUGCCGUAAAUCUUGGGGAGAGAAUAUUAGAGAAAGAUUUAAGAGGGAAGCCAGACUUUGGAAGGAAGAACAAGAGAAGAGAAAGUUCGAAGUCAAGAAGAAUAUCUUCUCUAAAUAUAACCUGAACACAAAGCCUCACGGUAUCGGAUCAACUGACAGAUCUUUCGUAUGAUAUUGAUGAAAAAGAUCUAUUCUUUACGAUUCAAAAUUUCAAUGAGUCAUGUGCAUCGAUGUAGAAAUUUGAAAGAUAUGAUACAUCUCAAAUUACCAUGAGCAGCAUAAAUUCGUUGUCAGACCAUCCCCUGAUAAAAACUGGAAGCCUGCAUUUAGAGAUACAGAGCUGAAAAGGCCAAAAAGGAAGGGUGAGGAAAAUAAAGAGCUUACUCUUGAUGAAUUUGAAACCCUUCUUAGUGUAAAACAGAGAGAUAAAUUAAUGACAAUGCAUAAAUUCCUAACCCUAAGUUAUGAGAAAAUGUUUUCAUAUCCAAAAGUUAUUCCUGACAAAUCAACAUGAGUAGUGUGAGAGUUAGAAAUAAAUCAAGGCACUCAGGCUCAAUAUGCUCAGGACUCACAUAAGAAAUUGCCCAAGAAAGAUCAGCAUGAGUAUCAUAGUAAAGCUUUACAGCUUCCUUGAAACCAUCUGAUCCAUAAAUACUGUAUGGAGGAGCUAUUUCGGAAGAAGACCAACAGAUGCUCUGACUGAGAUCAUAUAAUCUUAUUAGGAUACCAAUCAGCACUUCUUUCUAAAAGACUGGUAAACUCUGAAGUCCUUAAAAAGAAAAAUGAAUACGAAGCCAAUGAGAAGAUAUUUGCAGGAAAUUAUGGAGCAAUCGGGGUAGGAGCUGACCUGAAAAAUAUUGAUCCUCCUAAAGCAGAGAGCGACGGUGAAGACAUAGAUGAUGAGGUCGUUGAUGUCAAUAUUGAUCAAUUUCUUGAAGAUGAAAUUCAGAGAGAAGAAACGAAAGAGCCAACAAGAAGACAAGAAGAUGCAUCAAUGGCGAUUAGCAAUAUGAUUGCUCAAUAUAAUGCUGCACAGCCUGAUUUUGGUCAGAAAAUUGAUGAUCCUUCCUCAAGAAGACCAUUUAAGAUUAAACAGAAUAGGCAGAGUGCUUAUAGAGGUGUUGCUUCAGGGAACUCAGUUGUAAAUGCUAACAGAAUGAGAGUAGAACAAGGAAGAAGACAUUUGGUACAAAAUAAUAGGAGAAACCCAGCAACUGAAGAAUCUAAGAACCGUAUGGAAGAAGAAAAGAAAGCACCCUUAGGAAGGCCUCCUAGAUGAAAUUCCAAGUCAAAGAGACUUAGACAGAAAAGAUCCAUGAGAACAAAUAAUUUGAAUAAUUCAGGAAUGAGAGAUAGCUCUUUUGCUAGCAACAACACAUCAUACGGAAGAAUAAACAGAUCAAAUAGGAUAACUCCCCCUUGUCCUGUGCAUAUCCCUAAAGAAGUCACAGAUGGCAUUGAGAUGUUAAGAGCAGUAAGAUUAGCAAGGGAAGGCCACAACAAUAACCUAACCCACAUGACUGGAAUGCCUGAAGAAAGUAAAUCUCCAGGAACCCAUACAUCCUCAAAUAAUGCUUUGGAAAAAUCAAAGCUAAAGACAAGACCUAGAUCAGGAAUUAGGAUUAAAAAAUCUAAAAAGGUUCUCAAAAAGGCACCAAAGGAAGAGUCUAAGAUUCAUAAGGAGCAAUCUGUACUGUCCAAAGAAGUAAAAGAUUGGGAAAUUACAAAUCUUAUAAACCAGACUAGAGAUAAUGCGUCAUAUCUUACUGGACUUGAGGAAAGGAAGAUUAUGCAUAAUCAUUAUGAGGAAGAGAAGGUACCUCCAAGAGCCCGGGAUAACCACUCUGAGUUCAAUUUUAACCUUCCUAGUGAUCUCCCACCUGGCGGUGAGGAGAGAAUGGAACAUCUACGUCAGAUGGAGAAGUACUUAUUCCCUCCUGAGCAGGUACCUAAGAAGAAGAAAGCUGGAAAUAGACUGAAAGUAUAUAAAAGGGCAAGAGGAGGAUCAUCCAAAAUGAACUCUAAUACAUCCCAUAACUUCACAGGUAACAGGAUCAAGGUGAACAAAGGCGGUGAUACUAGUAUAGAAAGAUACUUAAAAGAAAUCCGAGGCGAAGAAGAUCUAAAUGAUCAGCCAUUCUUGCCUGAAAGACAUGCAAACCGUAUUAGAGGACUUGAUGAGCAAGAUGAUGUUUUUCAUCCUCUCCUAAGCGAAGCUUUAGCAUUAGACGACCAAGGUAGAGUUGCUGAAGCAAUUCCUAGUAAUAAUGCUCGAUCAAACCUCAUUUCUUCCACACAAGCCGAUUCUGAUGAAUACGUUAUGCCAAGCAAAGACCCUGCCAAAGAACUCCGGGAAGAAAUCAAACGGAACAAAAAAGCCAAAGCACGUCUUCGAGAGCUCCAAAAACAAGCCGAUCUCCAAAAAGCCAGACAAAACGCUCCUCUAAAGCAAUACUAUUCUCGCAGAAACUAGGCCAUAAUCCCUCUAAAAUUUUCUACUCAA